AUGCAACGCGACAAACGCGAGAUUGGCGCAAGCACCGCGAAAAAACGCGAAUUUAGCUUUAAAGUAUCGCGCGAAACUCUAUUGGUAUUUGGGUUUGCACCUCCACCUGCGUCACAUUUAGCCUAUUUUGAAGACAUCGUACGUAAAACAAAAAUAUCGAGAAAUAUAACAAACACUGAAACGUUAGCGAAAGUCUAUCGGAAAAUUCCCUUAACGGCAUCAGAAUUAGCUAAAUGUAAUGGAGGAGAGUGGGCUGCAACAACAAGAAAUUUAUUCAAUUCGUGUUUUCCUAAUAUUGAUUGGUUUACGUUCAAUUACCAACAAAUAGCUAAAUCAAAUCCAGCUCUUAUUGACGAAUUAUUUAAAUAUGUGGGAGAGAUACAUGAGAAUGAAUCGUUCGACCGUAUAAAAUUUAAUUCUGUCAUUGGUAAUCAUAUCCGAAAUACACGUGGCACUCUUAAAAGACAAGAAGAUAAGAAAGCCGGUGUUUUUGCCAAAAACCGUGAGAAAAAACCCGCAGAUGAAUAUGAUGAACUGAGCAACACCAUGAAAACUGGAAUUAAUGCUAGAAAAAAGCUAGGACUACGAAUAACGGAUAGUUCAAAGACUCUUCAAGUAUUUCGAGCAAUAGAAAAUUGCGAUGUAAUACAAGAAAGAAAAAAUGGUGAAACUUUGGAUGCUAAUGACUCUGAUCCAGAGUAUGAAACAACCGUUAAUCGAAGGCGACGAGCUAUUCAAGUUCGACAAAACAGACCCACGUUGGUUGAUUUACGAUACGGCAGCAGUUUGACAAAUCAUCACCAAAAUCCUGUUCAUGUAUCCUCUCAACAUCAUCAAUUAACAGAUCAAUUGAGCGUGAAAAACAUUUUAGCCGAACCUGUCAUUAGACCACUAACCGACACGAACUGCCAUCUUCACUCAAAUGAUAAUGUUUGUCGUCGUCGAAUUCCUAGUCAACAAGACUGGGCAGCAGCAUUAAUGAUAUUCAAAGUGCGUCGUUCACAAAAUAAUGAAGACAUUAAUCUAAUUUGUGAUAUGCUUCGUUUUCAACCUGUUGAUUUUUAUAUGAAUGUGCCAACCAAUUGGGUGGGAGUAAAAUGUCAAUUAGCAGACAAGAAUUCAACAGCACCAUAUACUAUCCAUUUUUAUUGUACAAACUGUGACAAUAUGAUAUCCGCAAAAAAAUGCACAUGUAGUAAAUCUACAGUUACAGAGUUAUGCUGUCUACCUAUAAGCGAGCAAAUUCAACAAAUUCUAUUAAUUCAAGGCACAUACACAAGGGUUGGUAUAUGGCCAUUUUUAUUUGCCAUCAAUGAAAUACCGUUAACCAAACGUUAUCUGUUACGAAAUAUCAUUAUACCGGCAAUCUGGUCAGCUGCAAAACUACCGACUACUAUGCAAAUACAAGCGUCUAUCAAGAUUAUUGUUAAGGAACUGUCAGAACUAGAAAGAGGAUAUAAUUUUUUCAUUCCAGAAUUGAAUGAAAUUAAAAAGCUACAUUUCUUCACUAUUAUUUCCAAC